AAAAAGAAAAAAAUUAUUUCUGAUAUGAUUUGUCAAAGUUGUCAUUUCAAAAUGGCGCUAUUUUGAGAUAUCCUAUUCGUUGGUAGAACUGCUUGUCAAAGUGUCCUAUUAAGUUGAAAGAUCUAGUGAUUUUUUUUACUAUCCUACAAAGGGAGAUACGCAAAUAAUAAUCUCUGCUUGUAAUUAAUGCAAUUAUAUUUUUAACGGAUAAUAUUAGAAUGUGUUAUCUCACGAUAAGAAAGAACAGAAUAAUUCAGUAUGAAUAGAACAUCGUGUUGUUAGUGUCGAUUUUGUAAAUAUUCGAAACGAAAUACCGGUUCAUUGUUUUGCAAAUAAUUGAACGGAUUUUUGGGCGAUAAAAAAUAAAUUAUUGUGAUUGAAUCUUAAUGCUGCUCCGUUUUACUAUUAAUUGACAUGACACGGCUAAGAGGCCGAGCUUCUCUCAUGAUAAUCGUAAUGAUUACUUUUACAUUGAUGGUGGUUAUAUAUCAUAUUCUCAGUAAUGAAAUAGAUACUAUUUCAUCCGAUAAGAUUAAUUCUCGAAUGAAGGUUGAAGAUGUUUAUCCACUUGGUGAUCUCACAGAGAUUCCUAUAAGUAUAGUCAGGAAACAACAAAUGGAAUCUCAAAUUGCAGGAAAUGCAAAACUUGCCAGAAGUAGACAAUUUGGAGAUGGUAUCAAUGGUAAUUCAUAUUCAUCGUCCAAUCCAUUGUUCAAAGGACACAAAAUCGUUCAUUUAGAUUUAAAGGGUGCUCCACCUAAAAUAGGUUACUAUAAAUAUCUUUUACCAUUACUCAAAAAGUUAGGUGCCACUGGAAUACUUAUAGAAUAUGAGGAUAUGUUUCCAUUUGAUGAAAAGAUAAAAGACAUAAGCGCUGGUAAUUGUUAUACCAAAGAUGAUAUUCGUAUUAUUCAGAACUUAGCAGAAGAAAAUAAUCUUAUUGUCAUUCCAUUGAUACAAACUUUUGGACAUUUGGAAUUUAUUCUUAAACUUGAUAAAUAUAAAGAUUAUAGAGAAGUUCCAAGAUAUCCACAAGUAGUAUGUCCUACUUAUAAUAAAACGAUACCAUUAAUUUAUGAAAUAAUAGAUCAAAUUGUAGCAGCUCAUCCAAUCUCAAAGCACUUGCAUAUAGGAGCUGAUGAAGUAUAUCAAAUAGGAGAUUGUUCGAGGUGUGUAAAUACUAUGGUUAAAAAACAUUGGACUAAAAAACAAUUAUUCCUUGAUCAUGUAUCUAAAGUAGCUAGUUAUAUCAAGGAAAAGUAUCCACAGCUUACAGUAUUAAUGUGGGAUGAUGAAUUUCGUGAAAUUUCACCUCAAGAAAUAAUAGAUAAAGAUUUGCAUUUAAUGGUGGAACCAGUCGUAUGGAAAUAUACAACCGAUCCAGGCUCCACUCUGACAGAUCAAUUAUGGGAGAGUUAUGGUGCCGUUUGGAAAAGUGUUUGGGUCGCGACAGCUUUUAAAGGAGCUACUGCACCAGAUAGAUUUUAUACGGAUAUAACUUAUCAUUUGGAAAAUCAUCAACGUUGGUUAGAAAUUAUUACAAAAUACUCUAAUCAAAUUACAUUUAAAGGUGUUAUUUUAACAGGAUGGCAAAGAUAUGAUCAUUUUAGCGUACUCUGUGAACUUUUAUCGACAGCCAUUCCAUCACUUGCCAUUAAUCUGGCAGCCUUACAGGUAUCGAAUCUGAAUGGUUUUCCCAUUGAAAUACCUAAUCAAUUAGCAGAUAUAUUACAAUGUGAAAAUAUAAUCUCUUUGAGUAUACCGGAACCUCAAUAUGGAUGGACGAAAUGUGGCUUUCAUGGAUCAUCUGUAUAUGCAGUUACAUUAAGACUUUAUUCUUUAAUGCAAGAAAUAAAUAAAAUGGAACAAGAGAACAUUUUUAAAGGAUGGUUGAAGCCGUACAAUUUAAAAUAUUCUUUCUCAAGUCCAAGUCAUAUUGAACGUAUAAUAGACGAAUUAAAUAGGCAUAAGUUGGAGAUAAUGUAUAUUGAAAAAGAAAUGCGUUCUGCAAUGGAAGAUAUUUAUGACAAUUAUACGAUACAAGAGUGGUUAGAAACGUACAUUACGCCUUUAAAUGAAAAGAUCACGCAAUUGUACGAGGCAGAGGAGAAAAUUCUUGAAAAAAAUACAUGGCCAAGAAGACCACUGACAAAGAUUGAUUGAAAAAUAAUUAUUUUUCAAGAGUACACAAUUCAUUCUGAAUAACAGAAAUAGAUAAUAAGAGACUGAUUAAAAAUUUAUUAGAACAAAAAAAGAAAAAAAAAAAAACCAAUUGAAUAUUGAGAUAUAUUAUCUUUGUUCUUACAAAUAACAGAUAAUCAAUGCAAUAAUAAGUUAAUUAUAUGUAUAUAUAUACUAUGUUUUUUAAAUUCUUGAUAACAAUAACAUUAUAAAAAGAAGGGCUCAAUAAUCUGAUCAAUUACGCCGUCCGUGAUUUAAAAUAUCACGUUCGUCUCAUUAUGAAUAACAAAAUCUUUAUUUACUUCGAAAUCAAAAGAACGUGUUAAACACACAAAAGUGAAUUUUACGGUAAAUCUCUGUGCGUGGUACAAUCAAAGUGCAAAUAUGUAUUAUACCAAAGUUGGUUUAUUAUUUGCAUUAAUUAAUUUAAUUGCAAAUACCUUUUACAGUAAAUGUUAUAAUAUGUAUACAUGACUUGUACAAGAGCAUGUAUAGUCAUACUCAUUGUUAGUGUAAGUUGUAGGAAUCUUAAGACAGUCAAUGUAAUUUUAUUCUCAUGAAAAGUUUGAUCCCUCUCUAAUAAAUACUUCUUCUUUUUCCCUAGUUGAUAUUAGUAUGUGUUUCUAUGUUGAAUCAUGGUAUGACAUAUUUUAUAAAAUUAAAUUUGUAUACACACACACAAACAAACAAACAAACACACAUACACACACAUACACGUUCAUAAACAUGCUAUGGUAAUUGUACAAACUAUUGAAAAAUAUUUUCAACCUUGUUAUAAUCUAAAUAUUAAUCUUAUUAUUGCCCUUAGGAAAAUAUCAAUAAAAUUGUUUUUCAAUUA